AGUGUCCUUGUUUUAUCCCAUAUCUUCGAUUUUUUGUUUGUUCAAUGAUCAUAUUUAUUUUUUAAAGAUCUUACAUAAUGGAAUCUAAAACAAAUGAUGAAGAACAAUCAAAAACAACAAUAAUCAUCAAUAAUGAUUCGAAUGCUGUUGAAGAACAAUCAUCAACAAUAAUUAUGAAAAUUAGUGAAGAUCAUGUUGAUUCUACCAUGAAAGAUGAUGAUGAUAAUAAUCAAGAAUGUAAAGAUGAAGAUCGUAAUAGUGAUGAUGCAACCGAUGAAAAUAAACAACAAAAUGAAGAAAUCGGUAAAGAUGAACCAGAAUCAAAUAAAAACGAUAUUGAAGAUGAAGAACAGAAUAUUGAUGAAGAAAUGGCCUCUGAUGACGACGCAAAUGAUGAUGAUAAUGAAGUAAAAACAAGAAGAAGUUCACGAGCUUCAACAACAACUAGCAAUAAUAAUAAAGAUAGUCUGGCUUCCACAAUGAAACAAGAACUACCAUCAUCAUCAACACCAUCUGAAAAAAGAGGGAGAAAAAGAAAAUCAUUAUCAUCGACCGAAUCACCUGCAUCUAAAUUGCCUAAAUAUGAAUUCAUUCCGAUUAGUUUGGCAGCGCAAACCAUCGUAUUACCCGAUGAUCCUAAAUAUAUUUUUGAUCGUCAAAAAUUGAUCAAUGUUCCACCCAAAGAUGGAUGUAUAUCUGUCGGUGAUCUUAUUUGGGCUAAAAUGCAAGGUUAUCCAUGGUGGCCAUGUAUGGUUACUGUUGAUCCAUGUACUGGCAGUCAUAACCGUGUUUCACGUACAACAUUCAAAACUGAAUAUCAUGUUCAAUAUUUUGGACCGGAUCCAUCUCGUAGCUAUGCUAGUGAAAGCAAUAUUAUUCCAUUCAAAGGAUAUCAAGAAUUUCGCGAUAAAAUCGAAGAAGAAUUAAAAGAUUUAGAUAAAAAGAAACGUGCAAAAUCUGAACAAAAAUAUAUUGUCCGUGCAUCAUUGCUCAAAAAAUGGAAUCAAUCCAUUUCGGAAGCAGAAGUAGCAAUGGACUUAAAUCGCCUGGAUCGUCUUGAAUUAUUAAAUUUUAAUUAUAUCAGUCACUCAAACAAUGCGCUAUUAACAAAUCGACAACAACAACAAAAAAGUCGAGUUAUUACUGCAACACCAAAAAAAGUUUCUCAACAAAAUUCGGGCAAACAUUCGACGAAAAAAAACAAUGAAGAUGUCUAUGCAUUUGAUGAUGAUGAUGCAUUUGGCGAUAGUACAUUGCCUACUGGAUUUGUGUUCCGAAAACGUCUACCAAAAGGUGAUUUUAAUAUUUACGUAAAACGUCAUCUUGAAGAAGAAAUUGAAAAGAAUCCAGAUCUUAGUAAAUCAGAAGUGAUUAAAAAACUUAAAGAAAAAUGGUCUGGCUUAGAUGAGGCUAUUCGUUCGAUUUAUGUGGAACGAAAAGCUAUCUAUGAAGAUGAAUCAAAUAUGUUGGUUGCAAAACGUUCGAAUUUCGAUGAUGAUUAUUAUGAUGAUUCAGAUUAUGAUUACAAUGAUAGUGGUUCUGAUCGAAAUGGAUUUGGUUGUGAUGAUGAUCAAAGUGGUGAACCAUUUGAUAAUGAUAAAAAAUCGUCUACCACGACCAACAUUAAAGUAAAAUCUCGGCGAACAAAAUCGCGUAAAUCGGAAAAAUUAUUCGAUAAAAUAAAAAAUCAAGACAGUUCGACAGAUAACAUAGAUAAUGAAGAAGAAAUUGUCAAUAGUGAUGAUAAUAAAAUGGACGAUAACGAUAAAAAUUCAAUUGUCGACAAUAUUGAAGAAGAUGUAAAACCUCAACCGAUCGAAACUGUGAAGAAAACUCCUGGUCGUAAACCACGCAGUUCUGUUAGCAACAAUAAAAAACAAUCUGAUCUCAAUGAAAGCAAACAAAAUGAUUCUGAACAAAUAAAAGUGAAAUCUUUAUCCAAAUCAAAUGAUGAAAAUCCAGCCAGUUCAACGAAAAAGAAACGAAAGUCUUCCAUACAGAAUUCAGAUACACCAAAAUCUAUUGCUUCUGAGAAAAAGAAAUCUGUGGUUAGUUCAUCAAAAUUAUCCGAAUCGAAUUCCUUGAUAGAGAAAAGAUUAUGUUUUGAAUUUGAUCAGGUUGAUGAAGAUGAUAGUACACAAAGCGAUGCUAGCGAAAAACCGAAAAAGAUUAAACCUGUAAGACCUUUUUGCCAUCAUUGUGGUGAAGAAGUGAAAAAAGAUGAUAAAUUAGUUACAUGCAAAGGUGAAUGCGAACGAAUGUAUCAUCUUAAAUGUGACAAAUAUACACGAAUGAUUGCUCUUGAUGAUGGCGAUUAUAUUUGUGAUGAAUGUCAAAUUGGUAAAUACAGAUGUUUUGCUUGCAAAAAUCCUGAUGAUUUGGAUACGCAAAAAUGUGAAGAUAAACGUUGUAAAAAAUAUUAUCAUUUAUCCUGUCUGGAACAUUAUUAUCCGAUUCGUGUGAAUGAACAAUCAAAUACAUUCAUAUGUCCAUUGCACAGUUGUAUAACAUGUCAUUUAUUGACUAUGGAUGAUGAUGAAUAUCGUCAAAAUAAUCGAAAAUUGAUGAAAUGUAUUUUAUGUCCGGUUGCAUAUCAUGCUAAUGAGAUUUGUAUCGGUGCUGGUACGAUGCAAUUGCCAGAUGCUCAUAUAAUUUGUCAAGAUCAUUAUGAAGAUUUUAAUACGAAUCGUAAUAAUCGUCAUAUUAAUGUCAACUAUUGUAUGGCCUGUAUAAAAGUUGGCAAUUUAAUCUGUUGUGAACGAUGUCCAGCAGCAUUUCAUGAAGAAUGCCUUGAAUAUAAAUUUGAUCAUGAAAAGAAUUUCUAUUGUCAAAAUUGUUUAACUCAUAAACAUUUACAUUAUGGCGAAAUUGUAUGGGUCAAAUUGGGUCAAUAUCGUUGGUGGCCGGGUCGAAUUAUCCAUCCAAAUCAACUACCUGAUAAUGUGUCAAACAUAAAGCAUAGUGAUGGGGAAUUUCCCGUUUAUUUUUAUGGUUCACAUGAUUAUUAUUGGGUUAACAAAGGCCGUACUUUUCUUUAUAUGGAAGGCGAUAAUAAACUUCUCACUUCGAAUUCUGUCAGUAAAAAUAGCAGUAAACUUAUCAAGUCAUUUAAUAUAGCAAUUAGAGAAGCUUCCGAAGAAUUCGAAAAAUGGAAAACAGAUAAAGCGACUAAAAAUCUUUCUCAGAUAGCCAACAAACCUCCUCCAUACCAUCACAUUUCGACAAAUCGUUAUGUAUCAAAAAGUAACAAUAAUAAUAAUAAUGAAUCAAAUUAUCAUGUUUGUGAUUGUAAACCGGAAAAUCCUUGUGGUGAUAGUCACAAUUGCUUAAAUCGAAUAAGCUUGAUCGAAUGUGAUCCAAAAAAAUGUCCGACUGGUGAAAAAUGCCAAAAUCAACGAUUUCGUAAAUUAGAAUAUGUAAAAUGUCGACCAUUUCGAACAGCAAAUGCCGGAUGGGGCCUUAAAACAUUGGAAGAUAUUGAAAAGGAUCGUUUUGUCAUUGAAUAUUGUGGUGAAGUUAUUGACGAAAAAGAAUGUCGUCGACGUUUGGAAACAAAGACCAACAAAAAUGUUUACUUCCUCACUUUGGACAGAGAUAAUAUCAUUGAUGCCGGACCAAAAGGAAAUCUGGCUCGUUUUAUGAAUCAUUCAUGUGAUCCAAAUUGUGUCACCCAAAAAUGGAUGGUUAAUGGUGUCACUCGUUGUGGAAUAUUUGCACUCAAAGACAUUCCUGCCGGAACUGAAUUAACAUUCAAUUAUAAUCUCGAUUGUUAUGGGUACGAACAAAUGGAAUGUAAAUGUGGUACAGAAAAAUGUACUGGUUUUAUUGGUGGAAGCCGUCCAAAUGGAAACGGUUCUAACGGAAACAAAAAUGGUAAACGAAUGACCAAUGGAUCUUCAUCAUCUACGACAAUAGUAUCUAAAUCAAAAAAUGGUAAUGGAGCCAAAUCAUCGAAUGGUAAUAACAAUGGAAACAAGAGUAAGCAAGAAAUAAAUGAAUCAAAUGAUCAAAAUUCAAAAGCCGAUAAAACUGGCAAUGAACAAACAUUAGAAAUGGUGCAUGAAAAUGUUUGUUUUAAAUGUGGCGAAAAUGCCUCUUUGGAUGAUUCCAAUUCGGUCAUUCAUUGUAAUCACCGUGAAUCAAAUUGCACCAAAACUUAUCAUUUAAAAUGUCUUAAAAAAUCUGAUAAAUCUGAUCUGAUUGGCAAUGCUGAUGAUAAUGAUACUGAUAUUGGUGUCGGUCUCGACCCGAAUAGAUGGAUCUGUCCAAGGCACAUCUGCAUGAAAAGCCGACCACCAGAUAAUUGUUGUAAUGAACCUGCUUUUCUAUUCUGUUCGGUUUGUCCUAAUUCACUUUGCAAACAGCAUGCUUCCACUAUGUCAGAUAAUCUUCAACUUCCUGAUAAUCAAUUUCUUUGUGGUGAUCAUCGUAUUAGUGAUGUUGAAGGUGGCCUUAUCGUUGAAAAUGAACUCAUUGAUAACAAUGAAGAUGAAGUUGAAGAGUUGAAUGGUGUUAGAGAAUAAUCAUCACAUCGACAAUGUUGUUGACAUAAAAUUUUCAUUCAUUUCAAUCUUUUUCGAUUAUCAAAAACAUAAAUUCAGAUGAGAAAACGAGAAACGUUCAAGACUAUUCAAU